AUGACCCUGAUGGAGCUUGGGAUUCCUGUGAAGCUGCNAUAUACAGUUGAUAAGGUGGUGUCUGUUCCUGAAUUGUUCCUGGUUUCUGUACAGCUGACACAUGACAAAACAGGUGCACAGCAUUUGCACAUUGCCAGAGAUGAUUCUAACAAUGUUUUCAGGUACAAGUUAUAUUCGGUUUUUAUGAGAUUGUUGUUUUGUUUGUUUUUCCUCACCUCUCUGAUAGACAUUGCUUUGAAUUUUUUUGCAGCCAGUGAUUUCACCAUGUAUCCUUUCUCAACACAAAACUCCAAAGACUUUGAAAACUUGCUGUCUGUUUAUCUGGAUGCAGCCUUCUUUCCACACCUUCGAGAACAGGACUUUUGGCAGGAAGGCUGGCGAUUGGAACCUGAAGAUUUGUCCAAUCCUGAUUCACCAAUGAUUUUUAAGGGAGUGGUGUUCAAUGAAAUGAAAGGUGCCAUGUCAACACCAGAGUCACUAUUUGUGCAUCAUGCCCAGAUGAACUUGUUACCCAGUCACACAUACAGCAACAACAGUGGAGGUGACCCUCUCUGUAUUCCAGACCUUACAUGGCAGCAGUUAAAGGAUUUCCAUGCUUCACAUUAUCAUCCCAGUAAUUCAAGGUUCUAUACUUAUGGAGAUUUACCCCUGGAAAGUCAUUUAGAGUACAUUGAGAAUAAAGUUCUCUGUCACUUUAACAAGAUUUCUGUAACAACAGAUAUUCCUCAUGAGCCCCGGUGGACAGAACCACAAGAAAAGCAUGUGACCUGCCCUGCUGAUCCAAUGGCAGCAAAUCCAGACAAGCAAACUGCAGUGGGACUGCAUUACUUAACAGGAAGUACCACAGAUGCGUUUGAGAACUUUACUAUGGUAAUUUUGUCAUCGCUCUUAGUCAGGGGUCCAAACUCACCAUUCUACCAAUCUCUUAUUGCACCAAAUAUUGGCUCAGACUACUCUCCAGGAGUAGGGUAUGAUAAUGGUACAAGAGAUGCUUCAUAUUCCAUUGGUCUUCAAGGAAUCAAGAGAGAUGACUACCCAAUGGUUGUGGAAACCAUUCACAAGACAUUUGACAAGGUUAUUGAUGAAGGUUUUCCAUCUGAGAGGAUUGAAGCAGCACUGCACAAAGUGGAGCUGGCUAUAAAACAUCAGAGUAGCAACUUUGGACUUGGAUUAAUUACGGGUCUAAUGUCAGCUUGGAAUCACGGGGCAGAUCCUUCAGAUUAUCUCCUUAUUAAUGACCGUGUGCAGCUUUUUAAGGAUAAACUUGCAAGUGGACCAUUUCUUCAGGAUAAAGUGAAAGAGUGUUUCAAAGACAACCCUCAUUGCCUUACUCUUGUCAUGAACCCUGAUCCGGAGUACGAGACAGAACUAAACAGGAAAGAACAGGAAAAGUUAAAGAGCAAAGUUAGCUGUCUGUCUGAAGAAGACAAAAACUAUAUUUAUCAAAAAGAUAUCGAACUGGCAGAACAACAGAACGCCAUAGAAGAUGUGUCUUGUCUUCCAAAGAUGGUGAUGUCUGAUAUUGAUCCGAGCAUCAAGCCUGUUGCCCUGGAACACUACGUUUCUGGUAGGUUGUAUGUGUCGUGUUGUAGAAUGGGCGCCGGUAACCUGAAUUAUCGCGAGUUGUCCCAAAUGAUGGAGAUGCGAACAGCUGGCAUGGCACUAUCAACACACAUCUCUACCCACCACAGUAGCAUGAACGCGUUUGAACAGGGUCUUGAAUUUUCCUCUCACUGUCUCGACAAGAAUCUUCCUCACAUGUUCUACUUGUGGGGAGAAAUAUUUGCCAGACCUACACUGAACGACACCGAGCGUCUGCGCACGCUCAUCAACAUGCUCGCUUCAGAGCUAGCGAUGUCUGUCUCCCACUCGGGACACUUAUUCGCGAUGGCACUGGCGGCCAGUUCCCUGUCUCCCGCGGCGCAUCUCAGUGAGCAGUUUGGUGGACUCUCUCAGGUCCUGUUUAUGAAAAAUAUUGCUGAAUUGGAAGACUUGACUCCAGUUAUCAAAAAAUUUGGCACUAUAGCAGUUAAUGUGUUGGAGGGGACCCAGUUCAGGUGUGCUGUUAACACAACAGCUGAAAGUCGAGAGACCAUGCAAAAGGCUUUAGAAGGCUUCUGCGAUUCGCUCCCAAGCAGCAUAUACGAAGAGUCAUCCCAUGUUAAGAGCCCAGACUAUCAGCCGAGUGGGUUAAAGACCCAUUAUGAGAUGCCUUUCCCAGUCAAUUACAUCAGCAGGUGCCUCCCUAUAGUGCCUUAUACUCACGAGGACUUCCCUAAAUUGAGAAUUUUAGCCAAACUGCUUUCUGCGAAGUUUCUACACCGCGAAAUAAGGGAAAAGGGCGGAGCAUAUGGCAGCGGUGCGAAGAUUGGAGGUGGCAUUUUCUCCUUUUUCUCUUACAGAGAUCCUAAUUUCGAGGGUACGCUUUCAGCGUUUGAGAACUCCGUCCAGUGGGCGCUUGACGGGAAGUUUUCAGAUCAAGACAUCGAAGAAGCUAAACUAUCCGUCUUUGCAGAGGUUGACAAACCAAUUUCACCAAGUAACCGUGGUAUGAGCUACUUCACUCAAGGCGUGACAGAUGACAUGCGCCAAACCAACAGAGAUGGGUUAUUCAGCGUGACUAGGGAUGACAUCAUUCACGUCGCUCGCACGUACCUGGCCUCCCAAGACGUUCCCAACUCGAUAGCCGUGCUAGGACCUGCGAACGACCUAACGUCCAAUGACAGUUCUUGGACUAUAAGAAGAGAGAGCCUGGGGUGACUCUGAAAGCUUUGGUUAUGUUGAACACCCGCCAGCGUCUUCGCAAGCCAAUCACGAAAAGCGCCGUCCCAACUUGAAGCUCAUCAGACAGUCACUGUCACUUGUUCAGUUAUAGAGCUCAAGCGAAACUUCAUCGUUGCCGAUGGUUGAAUAGGCCCUUUGCACAAUCCGGUCACAUGGUACGGAAUUAAUUAUGCUGGGAAGCAAGUUACGGCAACGAUGUAGUGGGACUUUCAAAACAAAGGAAAGUCGGGCUGGACUGGUACGAGUUCCUUUGUUUUGGAAGUCCCAUUGUGUAA